CCUGCCUCCUCCUCAUCCAUCCCCUCUCCUCCUCUCCUCUCCUGCUCCUCCUGUACCAGAGCAGAUGGUGGGAACAACAUCACAUCCAGCGGGCACCACAACAAAAGACCGCAGCGUCCAGUCCUCAGCGCGCCGGCUUCGCAGCGUCAUGCUCCGGGCGCAGGACCGCGGGAGGCUCUGAGGUGCCGUCGUGGAUUAUCCUCGCGCGGUGCCAGCGCCUCCACGGCCACGGAGGAACCUUCUUGUUUCGGGGCUCUCCGUCGAGCGAGCGGGGAAGAUGGCCGCUAUGAAAAUCCUGACGAGCGCAGGGCUCUUCUUGGCUCUCUGCGCGCUCGGGCUGCUCGCCAUGGCGAUCUGCACCGACUACUGGUACGAGACCGACGCCAGGAGGCACCGGGAGCGGUGUAAGAACUACGCCAACAAGCGGAACGACCCCGGCUACAUCUACAUCCCGAGCCACAACCUCCCGCUCCAGAUGCCUCUGAGGGGGAGCCCGGAGCGGGGAGGCAGCGGCCCGCGCGCCACUCCUCUCAUCCGGGAGAAGCGGCACUUCGUGGCCGCAGCGUCCGCCAUGGAGUCCCACUGCAGCCGGCAGUUUAACUCCACCAUCUCCGGGCUCUGGAGGAAGUGUCACCGGGAGGGCUUCGACCUGGAGACCGAGGACCUGAUCUACAAAGGAAUAAUUCAAAGGUGUACCCCGGUCAAGUAUCACUAUUCCUCAUCCAUCCUGCCACGAAAUUUACCCGUCAACAUCACAAAGACCAUUCGUCAGGACGAGUGGCACGCACUCCAUCUACGAAGAAUGACGGCCGGCUUCGUCGGCAUGGCCGUGUCCAUCAUCCUCUUCGGCUGGAUCAUCGGAGUGCUGGGAUGCUGCCAGCAGCAUGACCUCAUGCAAUAUGUAGCCGGGCUACUCUUCCUCAUGGGAGGGACGUGUUGCAUCAUCUCGCUGUGCACGUGCGUGGCGGGGAUCAACUUCGAGCUGUCCCGUUUCCCGCGCUCCAUGUACGGCCUCCCCGAAGACAUUAGCCACGGCUACGGCUGGUCCAUGUUCUGUGCCUGGGGGGGCCUCGGCCUCACGCUGCUGGCGGGCUUCCUCUGCACCCUGGCCCCGUCCCUGAGCACGCCCGCUCGCACCACGACCCACAAACCGAGGCAGGAAAACGGAACCGUGUGACGAAAGGAAGCACGGGAUGCACGAGCCACCKCCCGCCCCGCCUCUUACCCCACCUCCCAGCUUUGGUGUUUGACUCUGAAACCGUUUUAAUUGUCACGUCACCUUCGACAUCUCCAUCCUCUGUCCGUGUGCAGUGUGCCUGAGUUGUGACAGACGCAGAAUUACAAACUUCUCACGUUAAAUCUUGAAAUCUCURGCUGGACCUCCGGGAACAGAACGAAGAACUUGUACAGCAGCUACUGACUGAUGAUCUAAGAGGACUUUUUUUUAUGUUUUGAUCUAAAGGUGACUGUUUUCUCUGAAGAGAAUUCGUCUUAAACUGGUGCUCCUUGAAAUCCAUGAAGCCACUCACACUCCUGCGAAGGAAACAAAAACACACAUAUCAACUUUUUUCCACACAUGCCAAUUUUUUUUUUUUCUGGGGAAAUCUUGAGAACACAAAGAAACACAGAAAAACUAGCUUAGAUCCUGUCAGAAUUUCUAUUUCUUUUGAUUGUAUGUGUGUAAUUGUUUGUAGGUUAAAGUAAAAAAAAAUGCUAAUAGUGAUGUUUCAUUGCUUAUACGUAGUAAAACACACACCUGAUGUAAAAAAAAAAGAUAAGCUGGUGAUGGAUCCUGCAGUUGGUUAGAGCGAUUAAAACUACGGUAAUACACAGAAGUGAUUUUGCCUUAAUAAGCAAAUAUUUGACAUUUCCACAUGCAAUGUUUAGCCAGAUUUUUGUUUAAAUGAAGUUGAUUAAAAAAAGAUAUUUUUAGUGUCUGCUUGGAGGAAAYAACAGCUGACAGAAUAGAGAUGAUGAGUUUAAUCCAGUUACUAAAUAAGCUACACUCAAAAAACAGACAGUGGAUUUAAAUUAAAAAAUGUGACAACUGGUUCCACUUAACUGAAAUGAGAAAAGGUAACACAUUAAAGUAAAUGAGUUACCGUUACUCAAUUCAGUUGAGUGGAACCAGUUCACAUAAWAAAUUCAAUUAAAUCCAUUAUAUCUUUUUUGUGUGUAGAAAAAAAAGAUUAAUUUUAAGAAGUAUGACAUAAGAAACAAGAUCCACAUUAUUGUCCUCAUAUCAGUGGUUUUGACAUUUGUCGUAUUGUUAGUCUUAUUUCCAUUUUCUCUGUCUGAGGCUGCAGCUUCUGGAAGGAAGCAGCCAAAAGAAAAACUUAUUUUAUGAGUUGUUUCAUUUGUCCUACUGCAGCCUGUAGAUCAGUCAUGUGACAGGUUGUUCAUGUAUUCAGCCGAGUGCUUAGUGUACGUUUAGCGCAGACCCACAUUACUUUGUGUAUAAAUAUAUCUGGAAAACUACUGGAGUAAACUCUUUCAAAACGAACCAUUUUGUAAAAUUCAGGAGAACAUUUUAUGUUUGGUUUCAGACUUUACCUUUUAAGAAAAACGAACAAAAGUAAAACAGCAAAAACCCAGGUUUUUACUGGCAGGUAAAUCUUAACGUGACAGUAAUAUUUUAAAGCAAACUCCAAAGCCAGUAUUUUUUUUUAUUCUCCUUUAGUAUCAGUAUUUUUAAUACUCUGAAUAAAAUGCAGUUUUUUUUUAGGAAAGAACUAUUAAAAGCUGUAAAAUCAAAUAUCAGAAUUGCAUAAAAAAUGACCAACAAAGAAAAUAUAGAAGAAAUAACAAUCUUCAUCAAAACAAUGUUUUCAGUAGAAAAGCUGAUCUUUUUUUUAAUGAAUUGUUAAGUCAUUAAAUCAUAAAAUAAAAUACGGACUUCUUAACUGUCAUUAGUGAGAUCAAUCCUGUCUUGAUCUUGAAACAGUAUUUUAUAUCAAGAGUGUACAAGUUCUUAAAAUGUGCAAGAAAUAUUUCUUUAUUUUGUCAUUUUAUUUAAGAAAGAGAAAAACGUCCAGUUCAAUUUUGACAAAAAACAAACAACCAAAAAAAGAAUAAAACAUAAAUAAAUAAAAUCAAACAGCAAAGCACAAAUUGUAAUUUUUCAUUAUGUGUUAAAAACUUGAUGUAUAUAUUUGAUAUUUUUCAGACUUACAAUGACUUUAAUCCAGAAACUUGAAAGAUAAAAUCACUCUGAGGUCACCAGGGGGCUAAACUAAAUAACUUUAAUAACUUAGGUUUUAUGUGUUGUGAUAUUUGAUGCCAACAAUUUUUUUUAUCAAAUAUUCAACUUCUAAAUAAAACAUUGACAUUUUCACAAACAAAAUAUUGGAGUAAUAAUAAUUAUUUAUGUUUAAAAUCAUUUCCCCAUUGGUGUCAUUUCGUUUUAAUUGCGAAUCAUUUUGUUGGUGUAUUUGUUGGAACAGAUUCUGAAAGAGGAUUUAAAGUUACAAUGAAAAGAGAAAUUUAAUUAACCUGCUAACAAUAGAAAAUAUUUUAACAUGAUUUUUGUCGUCCCGUCCCCUCACCCCUCUGAGAACAGGACCCAGUUUUUCUACAGUAGUGACAUUAAACAAGUUUCUAGUUAAAAGAAGAUUACAGCCAUGUGUGUUAAAGUUUAUACAGGAGGAAUCCUGAUGUAUCCCCUCAGCUUUAAUGACUCUCAUAGUAGAAAAAACUAAAUAAAUAAGGUAUUAUAGUGCGUUUAACAACACUGUAUGUGAUAUUCUGUCAUUUUCUGUAACGUCGUUAACGAGGAAAUGAAMUGAGGCAUGAUUGAAGUUUGUAUCGUCAGAUCCUGUGACUCUGCAGGAGGUGAUCAGAGUGUGUGUCGAGCACCAUGUUGUGUCUUUAAAAAAAAGAGUUUGGCUUCACAUCAUGUUGUGUCUUCAGGGUCUAAUUCUAUUUAUGAGAAAUGCUGACAUACAUAUGAGAAGACUUUUUUAUAUAUAGUCAUUGCUUAGAAUAAAGUGCUGUUUGAUAUUUUAGUUUUCUACUGUUUUAAGUUCACACUUCAGCUCAUUCACGGUAAAGGGAUAGUUUGGUUCUUUUAACGUGUCUGUGACGUGCAUAUCUUUAAAACACAAAAAGUCAAACUAAACAUCUUUAAAUUUAAGAAAAUUGGCACAAAAUAAACGGUUUUACCCA